CCCAAUAUAAGAGCUGACAGCGAGCAAAGCAGGCGGCUGCCGCUAAAAUGAUGUGAUAGCAGACGGCUGGGUAUUGUUACACAAGAGUUGAGGUGGAUACCAUUGGAGGUUUUUCCUGGACUUUUCUGAUGGUAUAGUUCAAGCCACGUGACUUCGUACCAUCGUCUUCCAGAGACUCGGCCGGACCAUGAUUCUGUGACAGGACCACUAGCGUCUGCAGAACAAGUUUUCCACAUACCGAAACAGCCAAUCGGAGUUUUGUGAACCUCCCAAAACUAGAAAUGCCACGGUCAUUUUUGGUAAAGAAAGUGAAAUGUGGGGAGGACAGAACGUCGUUUAAAUUACGGGAAAUCUACGCGGAGUCGGCUGUGAGCAGCCUGAAGGCACUGACACCAUAUACUCCAUCAUUUCCCCCCUUAUCGGUUACCAUUAACACAAACGCUUUCAUCCAUGAUGUCUUACCCACACCGACAUCGCUACGGGACAGGGGUGAGGAUUCGGACGGUGGCCACACCAGCGACUCGUGCUGCGAUUCCAUGCCCAAAUCCCCAGAGGGUUCCUUUUCCAGCUCGGUGGAGAGUAUAGAUGAUCUCGCCAAACCGGACUUCCACAGUGGUAUAACCAUUGAUUAUACCUACGAGGCGUUCUUCAUAAGCGACGGCAGGUCCCGGAAGAAGCCUGUCGUCCCAUCUGAUGUGGUGGUGCCGGAGAAGGUAGGCUCACGUCAGAGAUACUCUUGCAACGAGUGCGGGAAACACUACGCCACCUCGUCAAACCUGUCCCGCCACAAGCAGACUCACAGAAGUCUGGAUAGUCAACUGGCCAAGAAAUGCCCUCACUGUCACAAAGUCUACGUCAGUAUGCCCGCAUUGUCUAUGCACAUAUUAACUCACGAUCUGAAACACAAGUGUGAAAUCUGCGGCAAGGCAUUCAGUCGACCUUGGCUUCUUCAAGGUCACCAGCGCUCCCACACGGGAGAGAAGCCUUUUGGGUGUGCCCAUUGCGGGAAGGCAUUCGCGGACAGGUCGAACUUAAGGGCUCACAUGCAAACGCAUUCUGCCUUCAAGCACUACAAAUGUAAAAGAUGCGACAAAUCGUUCGCGCUGAAAUCGUAUCUAAACAAGCACUACGAGUCUGCUUGCAUCAAAGAGUAGCUGGUCAGGAGUUUGUGUGACCGUCACCACCUGCAGGACUGCCGGGCAAACGUGCAAUAACCCUUAACCACAAGGCCAACUCCAGCGGGAAAAUCGCUAAAUUUCCCAUCGGAUUGUUUUUUCGUCCCUAGGUUUACUAUAUUGUAUGCGCUACUCUGUCCCUCUAGUCUCGUGUCCAUGUUUUAUGUUUAAGUUUUGUCUCUAGUCUAAUGGUCCCAUCUUUUUGUGUCUCAAACCUUUUGUAAUAUCUAUAUUUUGGACAGUCUGUUGUUGACUGAGUGAUGUUCGCUUUGUCGAACCAUUCCCACCCAUACUGACGAUUGACAAUGUGUACAUAAGCCCACCGUGUAUUUUGAUGUUACAACUUGUUGCUUUUAUACAAGCACGUCACUUACAUGAAACUUUUUAACACACUUAUUGAGAUUGGUUGUUUACGCAUGUUCUGAGUGAUUGUUUGCGCAUGUGCCGAGUAUCUGGAGAGUCUGUGUUGAAUGCGAAGGUUUUAAUGGAUGACAAGACAAAGUUGUGAAAAAUUGCCCUUUGAGGUUUAAUAUAUGACGAACGCUUCCCACCGAAUUUUGUACUAUACGAAUCAGUUUUAUUGUAAAUAUGGAGUUGAGAACAUUUUUGUUUCUCUUUUAGUAUCAUGGAUUUCCCUGUGCGACCAUUUUCAGGCGCUAAGGUCCAAGUCCGGACACUUGCGAACGCAACCCACCGAUAUAAUGCUAUCAUGCAGUUUGUAGCAUUACAUUUUGUAGAAAUGUUUAUAUAUGUAUUGAACUGUGUUAUUAUAUAGAAUAAGAUAAGCAAUGAUAAGCAAGCGUAAUUUAUUUAAUUUAUUCAAAUUUUAGGCUUUUUUAUAUGUGUGACGAGAAACAAACCGCAUCACAUUUUCAGGGUUUGUUUUCCAUUGGAGCUUAAGAUGUAUUUUGUUUUCAUUGCUUCGUUUUAGUGAUGAAAUUUUCUUAAACUCUUGAAUUCUAGAGUUGAAAGAAAUGGGAGUCAACUUUUCAGAUACACUUGUUAAUUAUACACGUUUAUUGGAAUUCUUUCUUUGGCUCUAUUUGCAAAUCUCUUCGCCAUUCCGGAUACGCUCAGAAUUUAAACAUGAGAGGUAUUGUUUUUUAAUGCUAUCUUUUCCUGUGGAGCGUUACGUAACUUGGACUCGCUUGUUUUAGAAUUCUGUAGAGCUGUGAAAGCCUUUGGCAUAUGACUGCCAUGUAUUAACAGUUUUCCAGGACUCCCUCAGCGACAAUGCUUUAUCCUGAUAGAACGUAUCGUACAACUGAUAUGCUAAUACAACGGCGGUCUUUAUGCUAAUUUACCUUUCAUAAGACGAUAUUACAUGAAGUCAUUCCAGUCCUUACGUGAUUUUGAAUGGUGAGUGAUAGUGGAUAGCCGCUUUCUAUCAGCAGCCCAUAGCAAGCUGACGUUUGGUUUAUACCCCUGUUGAAAUCUGCCUCAGGUGAAUGCGUUCCCAUAACUCAAAGCUUUCCGGCCUGUUGUUAAGGAUUCAUUUGUCGCACAAAAACACGAGAGCAAUGCCAGCUCUAGCCAUUCCACCCACCGCAUUUAAACACUUCAGUAUUUUUUAUGUACACAUGGCUGCAGCCGUUCUAGUUAUUUAAUGUUCUUAUAGCGUUCGAUUGUUGGUUUGUUACAUUUUAUUUGGUUUUUGCGAUGUUUUAUUUCCUUGGUGAUAUACUAAAUUUCCUUACUUUAUUUCUUUGUACUAUUUGUUAACUACUUCAGUACACGUUCCGUCUUUGUUCUUUAUCCUGUUUGGUAUAAGUUCGUUUUUAUGUCGCGUUUGUAUAAACAAGUUAAAUUGUUUUAUAACAAAAUAACGAUGACUUCAGAAAGCGAUCUUUCAGAGUAAUAGUAAGAAUAUCUUUGCCCACACCCUCAUAUUUUCCCCACCAAAGCAAUAAUUGCAAUAUUUAAAUGUAUUCUAUGCUUAUUUUUUUUAUAAAUGUUCAGACGCGAACAAAAACCUAAACUUGCACUUUUUAAAUUCAGAGUGCGACUAAUGGUUGUAAAGUGCUUUUUUCUAGAACCUUUGUAAAGUGUCACGUUUUAUAAACAAUAAUGCACUGGUUUUCUUAGGUCUUUGGGAUACUGGACCAUUUGUACAUGCACACUUUUCUAUAAUCAAUUGGUAGCUAUGCAGUAACAGGUCUAUCGCUUGUUGAAUCAUUAACUAUUUAUGCCGAAAACGUCACAAGCCAUAACAGGUUGUCGACCCGUAUUUUACCGGGGGCUAGGAAAUAGAUGACGGGUAUCAAUCACCCUCGACCUCUCCUACAGGAGGGCGUGGAGAGUGGAAAGAGACACGAGCAAACUGAAGCUCGUUGACUAGCCCAGUGGCUGCCAUACCAGCUUUAUGGUGCCAGCAGACAGUGCCUAGCCCACGCCAAAACAAGUUUGUCUUAACGGCAAAAAUUCUAUAGGGUAUAAUUGAAUGUAAGCCUUGCGGCUAGGCCCAUUAUGUAAGAUGAUGGGAAGCAGCCUGAAGCCUGUAUACACAACGGGACCAAACCUAUAUACGGCCGAGGUUCUGGGUCACCGACAGGCUGCUGUGUUAAAUGUGGGGUGGUCAUGUAAAGAUUUUGGGAAGUUAUUUUGAAGUCUUUAAGGAAGACAGUGCGUUAGACAUGUAAAGCAAGAUAUUUUUGAGAAAUGUGCUUCUUGGCGUUUAUGUGGAGUGGAUUGCCCUCUAUUGGCAACCAGCCAAUCGCCCUAUAUGGGCAAGAAGCUCUCAUAUAUACCCGAUAUCAGUGGCCUUGACAUAGUCAAUUUUGCAAUAUACAAUAACAUUUGAAAUAAACU